CUCGCCCCCGCCAUGGCGGCGGCGCUGGAGGAGGCCGCGGGCACCGUGUGCUGGUGGGGGCUGUCCCCGGCCAUGGAUCUCCGCCAGCACCUGCCCCCGGACACGGACCCCCGGGACCCCUCGGCGGAGGCCCCGGUGCUGCUGGUGGGGGCGGCCGAGGGGCGGCACGUGCUGCUGACGGCGGCCCGGGCCCGGCGGGACCCCCCCCUCGCCAUCACCCUGUUCGUGGCCGAGCAGCGCCCCGAGCCCGUGGCGCGGCAGCUCCUCUUCCUCCUCCUGGCGCUGGAAGCCCCGGGACGCCCCAGACCGGCAGCCCGCGCCGCCGCCAUCCUGGAGCUCCUGGGCUCCGGGAGGCUCCGCGCCGGCACCGCCGCGAUUCUCCGCGGGGCCGCCGGGCGCCUCCGCCGCUGGGUCACCGGGGACCGGGACUGGGAGCGGGACGGACCCGCCGACCUGGGGCUCAUGAAGUGCCGGGACCGGGACGCGCUCGAGGCGGUUCUGCGGCGCUGGGAGCGAGCGGGGCCGCCGGUCCCGGGGUCCCGGGGGGGGUCUGGGACGGUCCCGGAGCCGGUCCCGGGACCCCCAGGGUGGGACCGGCGGCUGCGGCGGCGCCUCGGGCCCCGCUACGACGCGAGGGCGGCGGUGGCGGAUUGGGAGCUGCGGAUGGGGCUGCACCCCCGGGGG